UGUGUGUGAAGGCAUCGGGAUGUCGGUGGUGAAGAGUCUCGUUCCUGCGCGCUUCCUCACGCUCUCCGCACACCUGGUCAUCAUCAUCACCAUCUUCUGGUCUCGCGAGAAUAACAUCCAGUCAUGUCUGCCACUGGACUUCACUGAGGAACAGUUCAGAACAGAAGAUACACGGCUGGUGGUGGCUCUGUCGGUGACUCUGGCUCUGUUCCUCAUUGAGCUGGCUGGAUUUCUCUCGGGAAGCUCCAUGUUCAACAGUAAUCAGGCGCUUCUGUCUCUGGUCUCUCACUCCAGCGCCUGCAUCAGUUUGUCCUUCUUUGUGUUCCAGCAAUGGCCCUGCUGGACGUACUGGAUCAUAUUCAGCCUCUGCAGGUUUGUGACUAAUUAGCAUAAUGCCAGCCUGUGGUGUUGAUUGGCUGAGCAGCGUCUCUUAGCUCCGCCCUCAAACACUGUAGUGUAUCUGAGACUGGAAGAGUUCGGCUCGUGUUGUUCGUGUCGAGGAGACGCUGUUUUCUGAGAUUGAUGCGGUAAAACCCACGCCAUCGUUACUGUUCGCAUCACUGUGAUCAAGAGCUGAGAUUCAGAUAUGAUAAUGAGCGUUUGCUUUCUGACCAAUCAGAGCAGAGCAGCUCUCAGAGAGGCGG